CGAGACUGAUUUAUUUCUUUAAUACAAAAUUAUACUAUUUGACAAAAUAAGAGGAAGGUGUUGAAUCUUUCUGGACUCUGGAUCUGCCAAUCAUAUGACAGCCACAAGCAAUUAUUCUGAAUCUCCCCCAGUAAAUGGGAAGCAGCUAUUAAUCAAACAUUUCUUCUUUCUUGUUCUCUGGUUAUGGUUAGAAGAAAAGCUUCCAAAAGCUGUUUUUUUCCGUGAGUUUAUAAGUAUAUAAAAGAGAGAGAGAAAGAUGUAUAUGAUUGAGAGCAAAGGAGGAGCAAUUGCAUGUAUGCUCUUGGCUCUGCUCUUCUUAGGGACAUGGCCAGCUAUCAUGACUCUGACCGAAAGACGCGGUCGACUUCCUCAACACACUUAUCUUGACUACACACUCACAAAUCUGUUAGCUGCUGUGAUCAUAGCGUUGACACUAGGUGAAAUAGGUCCAAGCAGACCCAAUUUCAUCACACAGCUUUCUCAAGAUAAUUGGCAGUCAGUGAUGUUUGCAAUGGCUGGAGGAAUAGUUCUUAGCCUUGGAAACUUAGCAACACAAUAUGCUUGGGCUUAUGUUGGUUUAUCAGUUACUGAAGUCAUCACAGCUAGUAUCACUGUUGUUAUUGGCACAACUUUGAACUAUUUCUUGGACGAUAGAAUCAACAGAGCUGAGGUCCUUUUCCCUGGCGUCGCUUGUUUCUUGAUCGCUGUUUGUUUCGGCUCAGCUGUUCAUAAAUCAAAUGCUGCUGAUAACAAAUCUAAACUCCAAGAUUUCAAAAGGUUUGGAAAAACAUUCACAACUAGAUACUUUAUUAUACUUCGGUUUGGUACUAAUAUUGUUCUUUGUUUCAGUCUAGAGACUGCUUCUUCCUUCGAAAUUGAAAACAAAUCUUCAAACAACGAGUUAUCGAAAGGGAAAGCGAAAGAAGGGACUGCAGCUUUUCUCAUAGAGAUUGAGAAACAAAGAGCCAUCAAGGUCUUUGGGAAAAGUACAAUAAUUGGAUUGGCGAUAACUUUCUUUGCUGGUAUCUGCUUUUCUCUGUUCUCACCUGCAUUCAACUUAGCUACAAACGAUCAAUGGCACACUUUGAAACAUGGAGUUCCAAAACUCAAUGUGUACACUGCCUUCUUCUACUUCUCAGUCUCUGCGUUUGUGAUUGCUCUCAUACUAAACAUCAGGUUUCUCUAUUGGCCUAUACUUGGUCUUCCAAGAUCUUCUUUCAAGGCUUAUCUAAAUGAUUGGAACGGGCGAGGCUGGUCUUUCUUGGCUGGAUUUCUCUGUGGAUUUGGCAAUGGCCUUCAGUUCAUGGGCGGUCAAGCCGCAGGAUAUGCAGCUGCAGACGCUGUUCAGGCACUUCCACUUGUGAGUACAUUUUGGGGGAUAUUGUUGUUUGGAGAAUACAGGAGAUCAUCAAGAAGAACAUAUACACUUCUCAUCAGUAUGCUUCUUAUGUUCAUAGUAGCUAUUGCGGUUCUUAUGGCCUCGUCGGGACAUAGAAAAUGACUUGGAUAGGCCACUCAUAGAAACGUCUACAAGCUAAACAGCCAAAAGAAUCACAACUUAAGUUUAUAAAAUUGUAAGAAACCAAACGGUAGAACAGCUUCUCAAACGGUGCUUGAGAGGAUGGAGAAGACCACUGAAGAAAGGGUGAGUAACUUCACUAAUAGCUGAGAACAUGUUCAAGUCUUUGUUUAUAUUUUACCAAAGAAUACUUCUUUGUUGGUUUCUGUCUUACGGCUUUGGUAACAACAAUUGGUUAGAUUGUCUUUGUUUACACAUCAGAGAAAGAAAACUAUAGUUUAUUA